AUUGUCAACAACCAAAGCGCCGCCUACUCCAAAUUCCGUUGCCAAUGUAAGAAAUCUUGCGAUAAGGAAAAAUCAAGAAGAUUGGGUGAAAAAAAGUUGUUGCUGCCAUAAAUGGAUAUAUAGAAAAGGAAAACCAAAAGAAAAGGCCGAAGGGGAGAAAAAAGCCACCAUUUUUUUUGAAAUCGUUUCCCGAAAAAAAAAAAAAGUCUUGCAAGUUGCAACAGAAUCGGGCAAGCCCAUUUCGCGAGCUAGCUUGAUUUUCCCCAAAUUCGAACGCAAUAGCGCAGAAUCGAUUCCUGGAAGCAAAGCAUCACAAAUUCCAGAUUGUAAUCACCCCCCUUUCGAGAAAAGGUGGGAAAUUUCGAAUCUUUUCUAGUUAAUGGCGGCGGAGGACGGCGAGGCAGGGGAGGAGAAGGGCGACGGCGGUGCGCUGAGCAGUUUCCACAGGGAUCUGACGGCGGGGGCGCUGAUGGGGGGCGUGGUGCACACGAUUGUGGCCCCCAUAGAGAGGGCGAAGCUGCUGCUGCAGACGCAGGAGAGCAACGCGGCGAUCUUGGCUGGCGGCCGCCACCGGAGGUUUAGAGGGAUGGUUGAUUGCAUUGCGCGCACGAUGAGAGAAGAAGGGGUUUUGUCGCUGUGGAGAGGGAAUGGAAGCAGUGUGAUCAGAUACUACCCCUCUGUUGCCCUCAAUUUCUCUCUCAAGGAUCUGUACAGGAACGUCCUGCGUGAGAACUCACGGGAAGGCAGUCUUCUCUCCGGGCCGUCUGCCAACUUCCUCGCCGGAUCUGCAGCGGGCUGCACGACGCUGAUCAUCAUCUACCCGCUUGACAUAGCCCACACGCGCCUCGCUGCUGAUCUCGGGAGAACGGAGACGCGCCAGUUCAGAGGCAUCGGCCAUUUCCUGAGCACUAUAUAUAAGAAAGACGGGGUCCGAGGCGUCUACAAGGGCCUCCCGGCCUCCCUACAGGGAAUGGUCGUCCACCGGGGCCUCUACUUUGGCGGGUUCGACACCUUGAAGGAGAUGAUGGCGGAGGGGUCCGGCUCGGAUGUCGUGCUGUGGAAGCGCUGGGCCACCGCCCAGGCUGUGACAACGGCGGCCGGGAUGCUGUCAUACCCGCUCGACACGGUGCGGAGGCGGAUGAUGAUGCAGUCCGGCACGGAGCGGCCGAUGUACGCGACGACGUUCGACUGCUGGCGGACGAUAUACAGGGUCGAGGGUUUUGCCUCGUUCUAUCGCGGCGCGAUGUCGAAUAUUUUUAGGAGCACAGGCGCUGCAGCUGUUUUGGUUUUGUAUGAUGAGAUCAAGAAAUUUAUGAAUUUGGCUGGAUUAUAGGAGUGAAUAUUUGUUUCAAUUUUUGCUCAUCUACACAUAGUUUCUCUCGUCGCUUAGAAAAAGAAAAAAGGUGGAAGUUGAAAAGGUUGAGUAUAAUGUGUAGAAGCCUUGUUGUAAUUCUUGGCCAUUUGUGGCAAUACAGAUGUAAUUUUUGGAAUCUUGAAUUAGGUAAAUCAGAAUUUAUGGGGGAAAAGAAAAUCUGGCAAAUUUUUUCA